GUGUACUCAAGGUUCACCCUGAGAUUUUACUUUGUUACAAUCUGUCGCCAAGUUUUAAUUGGGAUGCAGCCGGCUUGAACGAUGAACAAAUUCGCACUUUCAUUUGGGACUUGGGUAAAUUAGGAUUUUCAUGGCAAUUCAUUACAUUGGGUGGUCUUCAUUCUAAUGCCUUGGGCGAAGGUAUGUUGGCUUAUGUCAGGGAUGUUCAACGAAAAGAACGUGAACACGGAGUAGAAACGUUGGCACAUCAAAAGUGGGCUGGCGCGAAUUAUGUUGAUUCAUUAAUUAAAACUGUACAAUCUGGAGUCGCUUCUACUGCUGCUAUGGGCAAGGGCGUGACCGAAGAACAAUUCAAAUA